CGGCAUCGUGGGGUCUCUAUUUGACUUGGAGUCAUCGAGUAGCAGUUCAUGCUUCUCUUUUCUUUGUUUUUCGCGGAAAAGGGUUGAAGAUCCGUCUUGAAAAUGGUCGCUUCAUUAAUUUCUUCAGGCAUCAAUGGUGGAGGAUGUCUUUCACUUGAGAGAAUUCCAAGACACUUGAGGUUUUCAAAUGGUUAUAGAACAAAAGCAGCAUCAAAUCCUAAUUUGAAGGCAGUCGAGGUCCCGCGUCAAUGGUACAAUCUCGUUGCAGAUCUUCCUGUAAAACCUCCUCCUCCAUUGCAUCCCAAGACUUUUGAACCAAUCAAACCUGAAGAUUUGUCGCCUCUCUUUCCUGAUGAAUUGAUUAAGCAAGAAGCCAGUGCUGAGCGGUACAUAGACAUCCCCGAUGAAGUUGUCGAUAUCUACGGGCUUUGGCGUCCAACUCCUCUGAUUAGAGCUAAGAGGUUAGAGAAGCUUCUGGGCACACCAGCUCGAAUUUACUACAAGUAUGAAGGAGUUAGCCCUGCUGGGUCACAUAAACCCAACUCUGCUGUUCCACAAGUUUGGUAUAAUGUACAGGAAGGCGUUAAGAAUGUUGUUACAGAAACAGGAGCUGGGCAAUGGGGAUGUAGUUUGGCCUUUGCUUGUAGCUUGUUCGGUAUCGGCUGCGAGGUGUGGCAAGUGCGUGCGUCGUAUGAUCAAAAACCGUAUCGUCGAAUGAUGAUGGAAACUUGGGGAGCAAAAGUACACCCAUCUCCGUCCAACGUCACGGAUUCGGGUAGAAAAUUUCUUCAAGUUGACCCAUCAAGCCCAGGAAGUUUGGGAAUUGCCAUUUCAGAAGCUGUGGAGGUUGCAGCUCUCAAUGCUGAUACCAAGUACUGUUUGGGAAGCGUCCUCAACCAUGUCUUGCUUCACCAAACUGUCAUUGGUGAAGAGUGUCUAAAACAAAUGGAAGCCUUAGGUGAGACCCCAGAUGUCAUCAUAGGAUGCACUGGCGGAGGAUCGAAUUUUGCAGGUCUUAGCUUCCCGUUCCUCCGUGAGAAACUUGCUGGAAAAAUAAGCCCCGUUAUUCGAGCAGUUGAACCUGCAGCUUGUCCUUCAUUAACAAAAGGCGUUUACGCUUAUGAUUAUGGCGAUACAGCCGGGAUGACGCCAUUGAUGAAGAUGCACACACUUGGUCACAACUUUAUUCCCGACCCCAUUCACGCUGGUGGAUUGCGGUAUCAUGGUAUGGCUCCAUUGAUAUCACAUGUCUAUAAUCUUGGUCUUCUGGAAGCUGUAUCACUUCCCCAGACAGAAUGCUUUCAAGGUGCUAUACAAUUUGCUCGAUCGGAGGGACUAAUACCAGCACCGGAGCCAACACACGCCAUAGCGGAAACGAUCCGAGAGGCUCUUCGAUGUCGAGAAACCGGAGAAUCAAAAGUUAUUCUCACAGCCAUGUGCGGGCACGGUCACUUCGACUUGGCAGCUUAUGAGAAGUAUCUACAAGGAGGGAUGACAGAUCUUUCUUUUGCAGAGGAGAAGAUAAAAGAAUCACUAACCACCAUUCCUCAGCUGGGUUGAAGUCGUCUCUAGUUUCUUCUUUCAUAGAGAUUACAAGAAAUCUUUCAUAUAUUAAGUUGCAAAUUUUGUUAA